CAACAUAUUUGUCGGGAUGGGUCUUAUCUAGAUAUAACUGCCUCCCGCGAAGAUCAUUGCUUUGACGUCAUGUGGGAUACAUCUGAGCAAGAUCAUUCGAGUUCGCUUCUAUUACCUUGAAGGCGUGACCUCUUGUCAAUGUUGUGGUUGGUGCCGGACGGUGUGUCGUGUGGGGAGUCGAGGGAGGGCGCGUGUCGUUUGGGAUUCUCUUGUCCAGUUAUACACACCAGAGCGGGGUACAAACAAGCCGAACAUAUGCAAAGUUGAAGGGAGCCUGUCACGGUGCCCUACUUAGACGGAUGUAAACCGUGCCUAAGUGGCUGAAAUUUGGCACGAACUGCGUCUGAGGUGGAGGACUGGUGUGCGCGAUGGAAUAUAAGUCAGAAGAGAGACAAAAUAUUUUGUCAAGACUGCUUGAUGCAGUUAAACAAUGUCAUAUCAGGUUUGGUGGAAAAAAGGAGUUGGCAACCGACAUGGACUCCCGCAUAAGUUGUUUGUGCCAGCAGCUGGAGACAGUGCUUCAGCAUGGCAUGAAGCAGCCAGAGCCAAAUGCAUUCAGGCAGGUGCGUGAUGCUAUUGCUCAGAAUCUGAGCAUAAACAUAGGAACAUCAGGACCAUCUGCAGAAGCUCCUGUGAUGUGGCACUACGUGCGUCUCCACCUGACUCAGCACGAGUAUGAGCGUUACCUGCUGCUGGUCAACAUCAACACGGACGCUGGUCGCGGCCGUGCGUGGCUCCGCUCUGCUCUCAACGAGAGUUCGCUCGAGCGGUACAUGCACGCGCUGAUUGGUGACAAAGAGGGCAUGGCCCAGUUCUAUGAGCCCUGGGCUGUGAUUGCCGACCAAGAACGAAACGCCAUGCUGCCCAACAUCGCCGCUGGCCUGAGCUCCAUCCUGUUCGCCAUCAGCAUAGACCGUGAGGAGUUAAACGGUCACCGGCCGCGGGCCCGGGCGCGACCGGCCGAGCUCAGCGGCCCGGAGUCUGGCCGCGAGCCAGAGGCCGUCGUUAAGGCACACUCCGUCGAGGUGCGCUCUCGGCCGGCCGGUCGGCGCCGCCGCCGCCGCGUGCACGCUAACGUGGUGUCGCUGGACGGCGAGGUCGACCCGGAUGCCUCGGCGCCGCGCUGGCGCUCGGCGCCCAGCACAUGCGUGUCGUCACCGGCACCGACGCUGCCCGGCGCCAGCAGCGGGGAGGAUGUCGGCAGGCUGGAGGAGGGAGGCGAGAUACCUCACCAGUUGCGGCCCUGCGACCCGGACGGCGGCGAGGCCUCCGCCCUGACCCCGCUGGACCAGUACAGCGCGUCACUUCUAGAGACGGUGGCAGUCACGGAGAUCUGCAACGGUCGCGCGAGCCCUGUGGGCUCGGCUGAAGUGGAGAGAACGUCACCGUCUGCCCACCAGGCGGCGCUGGUGGCGUCCAGCGCGGCCGAUCUGGCCUCGGUCGCCUCGCUCUCUGAGGGUCAGCUGCGCGAGGCGCUGGUGGCGGUCAGCGAGCAGCGGUCGGCACUCGGAGACCAGGCGGGCGAGCUGCGCUCCCGGCUUGAGGCGGCGCUGCAGGAGAGCCAGCAGCUGAGGGAGGACGGUCUGGCGUCGAACGCCAUGUGGAAGGAGAAGCUGGCGACACUGGAGAGUCGACGUCUCACAUCGGAAAGGGAGAACGUGAUCCUGAAACACCAGCUGAAGAAGUACGUGAGCGCGGUGCAGCUGCUGCGGCACGGCUCGCCGCACGAGAUCCUGGACCAGCUGCAGGAGGCGCACCGCUCCGAGGAGCUGCAGCAGCGGGGCCGGCGCACCGACUACCACGCCGAGGCCGAGGCCUACCAGCAGAAGCUGAUACAGGUGGCGGAGAUGCACGGCGAGCUGAUGGAGUUCAACGACCGGCUGCGCGGUCAGCUGACGCGGCGUGAGCGCCAGCUGGCGGCGCUGCGGGCUGAGCUGGCCGAGUGUGGCCUGAGCGACGACGAGGCGUCGGAGCCGGCUGAGCCGGGCGGCGAGCAUGCGCCGCCGCCGCCGCCGCCGCCGCCGCGCGUUCACUGCUGGAUACCGUCGGCCUUUCUCAGCGGCACAGGCAACGGUGCCCAUCACGUGUACCAGGUUUAUGUCCGAAUACGAGAUGAAGAGUGGAACAUAUAUCACCGGUAUUCCAGUUUUUUCCUUUUGUAUAGCAAGAUGAAGAAAGAUUUUACGGAGGUCAGGGAGUUCGACUUCCCUCCCAAGAAAGCAUUGAAUAAAAAGGACGGCCGGCUGGUGGAGACGCGGCGCCGCCGGCUACAGGAGUUCCUCCGCUGCGUGACGCGCGCGCUGCUGGCGGCGCGGCCCGAGUUGGCGCGCAGCCCGUCCCGCGCCGCGCUGGUCAACUCGGAGGGCAAAUUCCGGGAGGGGUUUCAGGCAUCGGUGUAG